AUGAGGGCGCCGAGGUUCGUCCUCUUCGUGGUCCCCGCGUUCGUGCUGCUCGCGGUGACCCUCACGACGGGCGGGCCCGCGAUGACCCUCCCGCUGAGGGACUUCUCGGCACCCGCCGACGGCGACCCCACCACCUCGGUCGUCCUCCAAACCAAAUCUGGAACGACGACGACCUCCCCCGACCUCCCCCGAGCGGAGCCCUCGUCGACGACGAGCGCCAAGCGCGCGUUGUACGCGUACGACGACCCCAUCGAGACGCGCACCUCCAGGUGCAUGGACGUCCCGGGGUUCAAACCCGUGGACGGCUCCCCUUCUCGAUCCCCGCUCAACGUGGCGGAUUACCUGCUGCGUGAGACGGAGGGCAAGACGCUCACGGAGGUCGGGUCGCGGAACGGGGACCUCCUCGCGUGCAUCACGCACUUCAAGGUGAACGAGGAGAAGCUGCCGGCGCCCGUGAGCGUGGAGCUGGACCGGGAAUACUGCGACAAGAUGCGCGCGCGGGGUAUCGAGGUGCGAUGCGACCCCAUCGAGGACCUCGGCGAGGACACCUUACCAAUCAGCGACGUUUACUUUUGGUGGCCGAUGGCGGCGAAGACCCAGAACACAGCCUGGUUGAGACACAUAGGCGGUGUUUUACAGAAGAAGGGCGUCGCGAAAGGCAAGUUGGCGAUCGUAGCGUGCGACCCGCAGUGGGCCGAGGACAGGGAUAACUCCUACGAGCUCAGGGACUGGAUGGGGGGAGAGUGGAGGGGCAAGGCUUCCGGAUGA